CAGACAGACAGACAGACAGACAGACAGACAGACAGACAGACAGACAGACAGACAGACAGACAGACAGACAGACAGACAGACAGACAGACAGACAGACAGACAGACAGACAGACAGACAGACAGACAGACAGACCCCUGCCAACCCACCACAGAACAGACAUACUCACACCAACCCGAAAACACUCUCCCCCGUGCAGUGUGGUUGUACCAGAAAAACUGGAACGGAGACAAAAACAUGGAUGCAGAGAAAACAGAAGAAUGAAGAGAGAAGCAGAAGAAGAAAGAAGGAAAAGAAAGACGACUUAAUAGAAGAAUAAAUACUAUGAGGAGAACAGAAAACAGAGUGAAAGGAGCUGAGAUCCAGUACUAACACAGUACAGGACGGUGGAGAAGUGUGACUGUCGUGGUGCAGAAUGGGAAAUUCUUCAUCCCCAGGCAUGUCAACUCUAUCUCCGUGCAUACUGUAGUUACUGCAGGCCCACCUCUCUCCCCCGUCUCAUCAACGGACAACCGGCAUACACGGUGAGGCGUCUCCUGAAGGUUCGAUCUCGGGCAGGGGAUACCAACACCUGGUUGACUGGGUGGGUUAUGGCCCGGAGGAGAGGUGCUGAGUUCCCGCUAGGGACAUCCUGGACCUAGGCCUCAUCGCUGAGUUCCAACGCCGGCACCCAGGUCAACCAGGUCGGGAGAGAAGAAAGGGUCACAUGAUCUCCACUGGGGAUGCAGAGUUCCCGUGUGAGUACCAAACCCUGGGCCAAGGCGGCACGCGCUGUUUCCCUCACAACAACAACAACAACGGCGGGCUGGCGCCAACCUCUGGGAACCGCCAACGCCACAACACCCUCGCUGCCAAGAGCCUGGAGGCCCUUACGAACCUUCACAAGGCUGACAUAAAGCGCCAGCACGAAGCCUUUAUGGACCUCCAGAAAAAUCAGAAGUAUCCGGCCAGCCCCUGUAUGUCUCAGGGCCAGAGAUCACCUAACUUUGGCCGCCAACAGCAGCAACAGCCCAACUACUGGAGCUUCAAGGCCCGUACCCCCCGUGUGAUCCGACGCAACCCCGACCAGCCGGCUCUAGCUGACCAGGCCAGCAGGGUGUCCUUUGCCUCGGCUGAGAGUCUGGAAACCAUGUCUGAGGCCGACGUUCCCCUCGGGUUCAACCGCAUGAACCGCCUCCGCCAGAGCCUCCCCCUGGCACGCUCAUCCAGCCAGGCCAAGCUCCGUGCGCCAGGAAUUCUCUUCCUCCAGCUGGGCGAGGAGACAAGGCGGGUGCACCUGACCCACGAGCUGACCAGUCUGGAGACCCUGAGAGCCCUCAUUGUCCACAUGUUUCCCCAGAGGCUGACCAUGGCAAUGCUAAGGUGCCCCAGCACGGCCCUGCUGAUUAAGGAUGAGGCCCGCAACGUAUUCUAUGAGCUGGAGGACCCACGAGACGUACAGGACCGCUGUGUCAUCAAGAUCUACUGUAAGGAGCCUGUCUACGGCACCUACCCCGGACACCACAACCCACAUCUGGCCAACGGAGACCUAAGGAGGGAGAUGGUGUACACGCCCCAGCAAGAUUCUCCGUCCAACCGUCGCCUCAGCAAUGCCCCCGCCUCAUCCUCCGCCUCGACCCCCUCCAGCUCCCCGUCCCGCGUCCGUCUCCUCUACAGUGGCGGUGGCCGUCCAUCCUCCUAUGCCGGGCAACCUCACCUCCAGCAUCACCCCCACACCCACUCCCUCCCCCACCCCCACCACCUCUCGCCCGGGGGCCAGAUGGCGGCCCACCACCACCCGCAGCAGCAUCACCCCCAGCAGCUCCAACCCCAGCACCACCAUCUCCAGCACCAUGCCCAGGCUAGCUUCUCCCCCAGUGCCAUCCUGGAGCGGAGGGACGUGAAGCCCGAUGAGGAGGUCCACGGUAUUGGCUCCAGAAGCAUGGUGCUCCUGCGGGGCGAUGGAGGGGGGAUCUAUGCCGACCCCUAUUCCCUGGGCCAGGAAGGGGGUCGGCUUAGUCUGGCUGGCCCCCACUCUCCCCUACCCCCGAGGGGGGAUCCCUAUGGCUCUCUCUACCGGCGAGGAGGAGGUGGUGGUGGAGGGUUGGGACCCGGCUCUGUGCGCUCCCUCACUUCCUACUCGGCGGCGGCUCUGCAGGGAGAGCUGAUGGACAGCGGCAUCCUAUACAGGCCUGGAGGCCCGCUGUAUAAUGAUGCUGCCUACGCCGCGUCCAUGUUGGCCAUGGGUUUCCGGGUGCCACCCCCCUCGUCCCCGCAGAAGAUCCCUGACAUGAGGGACUCGUAUUCGGGCACCUUGCCCGGCCGGGGCUCCCCUGGGAGGCAGACCCUGCGAAGGGACUCGGUGUCCUCCUCCGUGUUUGGGGAAAGUGCCAAAGCUAGGGGUCAGGGGUCAGGGUUGGGGUCAGAUCAGCUGUGUCUGAUGGCUGGACCUGGAGGGGAGGGCGGUGGUUUCAGUUCAGCACCAGGUUUUAGUUCACCUCUACCAGGCAAUGAGACCGAGACCAGGGGGCGCAUGGAGGUCAUGGAAAAACAGAUAGCCAGUCUGACUGGUCUACUGCAGACAGUUCUGACCAGGGGACCAGAGGCAGAUAGCCCGGAUAAGAUCGAGACGUCCAGUGACUGCUCGGGAACAGACACUGGACGGUUAAAAAAAAAGAAAGCUCUGACGCCAUCGGCUCCGUUGGCCCUGAUGCCGCCCCCGCCCACAGGGUCCGCCCAGUCACUGACGGUGUCGCGGCUGCAGAUGCAGAACCACCUGCAUGGCCUGCAGCAGAACACCAGCAAGCUGCGCAUACAGCUGUCCCAGCUGCGCGACAUCCAGUUGGAGAACCAGGACUCAGUGCAGUCCCUGCUGAGGCAGACGGAGUCGGAGCUGAGCCUGAUGAUGCUGGAUGCCAUGCGGACCCAGGAGGACCCUCUGCAGAGGCAGCGUCUCUUAGUGGAGGAGGAGAGACUCAAGUACCUCAACCAGGAAGAGCUGCUCAUCCAGCAGCUGCAUGAUCUGGAGAAGUCAGUGGAGGAACUCCAGAGGAACUCGUCAGUCAACCAUGGCCUGGUGACAGAGACGGACGUGGAGCAGAAGAGCAUGGAGCUCAGGUCUUUGGGAGAGACCCUCACAGAGCUCAAGAACCAGUUCCCCAGUCUGCAGAGUAAGAUGCGGGUGGUGUUGAGGGUGGAGGUGGAGGCUGUCAAAUUCCUGAAGGAGGAACCACACAGACUGGACACACUGCUGAAACGCUGUAACACCAUGACCGACACACUGACCACACUACGGAGUGUAUUGUAUACCACCUGUACGUACAGAAAAGUGACCGAGGGCCUGUGGAAGGGCCAGGACGACAUCUGCAGCCAGUCGGCCAAGCGAACUGAAGACACAGGAAAGAACUCGGACCUCGACAUCCUGACCAGUCCACCGCUCAGCCUCAAUGACCUGGGUGGCAGUGCCAGCCUUGCCAACUGGAUGCCCAUAUCAGGCAGUGACCCGGACACCUCGGGGCCUGAGCAGGAUCCCCACCCUACAGCCAGCUACAGAAGCCGGGUCCUGGAUGAGCUGCCGAGCCGCCGCGGUGCUGACAAAUCAGUGUCCGUGGAGGUCAGACUGGCUGCAGAGCGGGACUGGGAGGAGAAGCGAGCCAGUCUGACCCAGUUCAGUGCCCAGGACAUCAACCGUCUGCUGGAGGAGACGCAAGCUGAGCUGAUGAAGGCCAUCCCAGACCUGGACUUCGCUGCCAGGCAGAUCAACAAGCCCGUGGUGCCCCCCAAACCCCACCCCAAACCUCAAAUUACCACCCCUGUCACUACCUCCACCAGCGCCUUCACCACCUCUAGUACCCUCACUACUACCAGUACUGAGCACCAGCCCAACAAGGUCCAGAUCACUGCCCUGAAGCUGGAAGGGGGCUCACGUCGCGGAUCUGCGGAGAUGACCGUAACCAGGUAUCGCACUGAGAAACCCUCUAAGUCGCCGCCUCCACCCCCUCCUCGCCGAAGCUUCCCAUCAGCCCAUGGGCUCACCACCAAUCGCACUGGAGAAGUGACCGUCACCACCAAGAAGAAGCUGGAGCCAGAAGACGGAGAGGCCCCGAAGACUCUAGUCAAGCUGAGAAGGACACCGUCUGACACGCCUCGCCCCGCCUCCACUCCCCCCGUCAUCGCCGCCUCAGCGAUUAAAGAUGAAGACUAUGACGAGCGGAUCAUUGCGGAACUAGAGAAUGCCAGCAACUCACCAGGGGCAUCCAAGGGACCUCAGUCGACUGUAGCGGCCAGACUGAAGCACCUCCAGCAGGGCAGCCUGGAGAGGCCCAAGACCAGGAAGCAGAGAGAGGACUUCCCCAAGAUCCAGGGCCAACAGCAGGACAAUGACCCAAAACACACCUCCAGGCUGUGUAAGGGCUAUUUGACCAAGAAGGAGAGUGAUGGUGCUGCAUCAGAUGACCUGGUCUCCACAAUCCACAAUCACAAUGGUAAAAAUAUAGAAAAACCCUUGGAUUAGUGGGUGUGUCCAAACUUUUGACUGGUACUCUCUCUCUCCCUUUCGCUCUCUCGCUCUAUAUAUAUGUAGUAUAUAUACUACCAUUCAAAAGUUUGGGGUCACAUAGAAAUGUCCUUGUUUUUGAAAGAAAAGCACAUUUUUUGUCCAUUUAAAUAACAUCAA